AUGGUGCCGGUCAGCAGCAGGGCGGGCUAUGCAGACGGCAGCACCCCCCACCGUUCGCGAAGGGUUUUGGACUGGACUUCGCUGCGGGAGGUUCCGCAGCCUUCCAAGGAGACGCGGCAGAUUCCAAAUCCGGCACCGGUGAUCCUCACCUCCUCCAGGCGUGGUGAUAUCCGAAAACCGCUGACGGGAGCGCUGAGUCCGCAUGAAGGAAGUCCACCAAGUCCGUCAAGUCCGACCUCGUGCCGGGCUAAAGACAAGGCGGACGCGUUGCAGAAGGUGUUGCAGCACACUGUGGAAGAUGUGGCUCGCCGGUUCUUUUCUCGGUCCGAAAAGCUAUUGGCCCCAGAAGUGGCAGAGGAUGAUGUCCCUCUCACGCUGCCGGGUGGCGUUCCUCGCAGUAGCAGGACUGGCAGCGAGACGUCAGGUUUGGGUUCCAGCGUCGGUGACUCGAGCUGCCAGGCAACAUUGCCCAUCCCAGGCAGAGCGAUGCCAGACAUCUCCAGCUCAAUAAACACUGACAGGCUUUCAGACAGUUUGCAAAGCUCCGCAAUCUCCGAAGCUCUUCCGAGUACUCCAACGGAGGAUCUUCGAAGCAGAGGCUUCGUGGAUAGCCCAAGCUCUACUCAGGGCCUUUCACCUUCUCGGCGGCAGGUGCACGUGGCUCGAGGCCGGAAAGCAAGGCCCAACGAAGAGGACUUCACGCAGCAGCAGCAGCAGCAGCUUGUCCGACGAUGGGGCCGAUGUGCCAGUCGCUCUCCUUCCAGGGCGCUGCGUGGAGAGGAGAUGGAGCCCAAGCCAACUUCACGUUCAAAGUCUCUCGGGAGGCAAAGAACAACUUCAAUCCGAUCUCCCUCGGGUGCUUUGGAUUCGCCGUCCAGCUCGCAUCACAAGAGUGUGAGCUUUGCAAGUUCGAGUCGUAAGUCCGUGCCGGAGUCCCCAACUCAAGGCCAUCAUAGUCCCUCGAAGCGGCCUGGCGCUGCCAAGUCUCUUCAAAUUCCGAAGUCACCAACAGCGGAAUCAGGAAUGCGAGGACAGCGGAGUGGAAGUUUUUCGCGACUUCCCGGAGAGACGCCGGAUGCAGGGCGCAAGCCGUCAACGAAGAGAUCUUUGCUGGCCAGCUCCGAGUCGAAUCCCGAGCCAUCUUCGCCGGAAGGAAGCAGCAGGAGCUACACUUUCUCGAGGCGGCUCCGCAGCCCAUCCUCAGACCGCAGAGGUCGCGACGGUCGCAACUUCUCUCCGACACUGCAAGAGCGCACAUCCACAGCGAUCCAUGCAUUGGAGCAUGGUAUGGAGCCGCCUGGAGCCUCAGAUAAGUGGCGCGUGGCUCAGCUCUUCUGCGAGCUUGUCCCGCGCUCCGUGGCCAAGAUUCAACGCAUCGAGCGCGUGGUCACUCCUGAGACGUACGGGAAGUUCAUGCAGAAGACUGGCGCCGGGGAAAACGCAAAUGAAUUCGGAAUCGUUUUCUUCACGCCAAAGGAUGCUGAUGAGUUGAACCGAGUUUGUUCUCAUGGCUUGGCAGCGCGGUCUCCGGCAGCCCGCGUGGUGUCAGACUGCGGAGCAGCGCUUGAGAACCAGUUGCGGAGCGAGGAGCCAGGGAAAGGACUGGAUGUGAGAUCGAUGUGCGUGCUGUUCUGUGGACCAGAGGUGGCCAGGUCAAAACUGGGAGGCGUCAGCGAUCGUCCAACAUCCGUUGUUGAUUUCGAGGCGGAAGACGCGAGUGAUUUUCUUCCAGCCUACACAAUUCACUACCAAAUUGUGGCCGAAGAGCCCUCCGACCAUGCAGAGUUUCGUUUGCAAAGCCCUUCUCCGGAACAUGCCCGCUCACCUUCCCGCUCGCGUCGGGUAAGUGUGCGAGAUCCCUUAGUCCAAGGCAUCCUUCAGAGGCUGCCUGAGUUGGGGGAUGAUGUUGCAGGUACCGUCUUACUGCCCAGCAACUCUAAAGAGGCUGAAGCCGUUAUCUCUCUGUAUCUUCAAAGUGGCGGGGCUUCCCGACUUCGACGGCCGCCUGGAGUGAACCUUCGCGAAGCUUUGGGAGGCGUCGUCGUCCAACGCAUCGAAAACAAGAUGCUUGGCCUCGAGUAUCUCGAUGUUGAGCUGGAGUCAGCAAACGGUCCCCGAUUCCGGGAGGAUGUCGUCUGGCAUGGAACCCGGCUGAAGCGUGCUGAUGAAGAGGCCAGCUUGGCCCACAAGCUCCAGUCCAUAGCAGAACACGGCUUUGAUCCUCAACGCUGCAUCAAAGGAGCUCAUGCAGCCGGGGGGAUCUGGCUCGCUGCGAACCCCAUGGAAUCCUUCGGGGUGGGAGGAGAUGGACUGGUUGCCUUUGUCCUUUGCCUUGCUAAGACGAAUUUCAAUGAAUGGGUAGACACAUCCUGCGCCCGAGUGCUGCAGCGUGAAAGAGUCUUACCUCUUUAUUCUUUAGUGCAUGUGUAG